AUGAGCAGUAACAAAAUGGAAAACGGAAAUACACCAGAUAUUACCUGUGACAUCAGUUGCCUUGCCAAAAAGCUCUGGGACAAUGACGUCAACAGGGUUCAAGUUUGGGAGUACGAAGUCAACCACCAGGGGCAGACAACUACAAGCAGUACAUCAGAUGAGGCCACUCAAAAAAGAAGUCGUGUUCCAGAAGCCACGCAGGCCCACGGCGCAACCUAUCGAACAUUUGUUGCUUUGUUGGACAACUACACACCAAGUACAUCACAAACAGAGAGUCAAGGCAGUGCAGAAUGGGUGGAAAUUGACGCCUUCCUGGACGUUAUACUAUCAACAGAUAUCAUGAACCAUCUUUACAACUUUCUCGUGGAACAUGGUCACGUGACGGAUGUUGCUUCCUACAGAGAAGUACUAAAGGAGCUGUGGUUUAACCUGUACGCCAGAUCCAGCCGUGGACCAAUCAACAGUAGCGGAUUUGAACACGUGAUGGUUGGAGAAACUUCAUCAAAAGUUUCCGGUUUUCAUAAUUGGAUUCAGUUUUAUUUAGAAGAAAAGAAAUUUGCUAUUAACUACCAAGGCUGGGUGUCUAAAAAUCAGCCUCUUAAUAUUGUCGCUGCGAGAUUUACUUGGAAAGGACUAUCUAAAGCCAAAGGAUCGUUCUUUGUUGGUGUAAGUCCGGAGUUUGACAUCGCAAUCUACACCGCAUGCACACUGACCCGGCCAAAUGCUAGCUGUUCUCUCACCAUGGCGGGAAACUCACUUCAAAUCCAGACGUACGACGUAGGACAUAAAACUGGAUUACAAGUGGGGACCGCCUAUCCAAACAUUUAA